AUGAAAUUCGACGACUACAGUUAUUUAGCCUUUAUGGCUAUAGUAAUAUUCGACGUGGCAACACUGUCGUUUUUUAUCUUCCUUUGGUCAAUAUAUCGCAACAGUAUAAUAUCGCUGGUACACGUCGGAUUUUCAACGAGAAGGCUGCGCCUAAAAAAGAUAAAAAACGAAGAAGAUAAGUUCUUCGACAGACACAAUUUUGAUGCAGUGAAACCGAAUAAGCUGUUUUUAAAAAAAGAAACGAAUGUGGAGUUUACAGCUAAAAAGUCGUUUAUGAGCGAAAAGUUUGAAGAUAGAUUGAGGCUCACAUCGUCGUCGAUUGAUAACUACGGGCUUUAUGUAAAGUUGCCGAAUCAGUCUAUCGGAACGGACGAUAUCCCAGGAGCCAGGAAGUUGGCGAAGAGCCUGUACAAGUUUAAGUCGAAGAGGUCGUGGUGGACGUAUCUGCUGUACGACUGCUCAAAAAGAAUAACGAACAACGAAGCAAUACUGUACCUGAAGUUCAUGGGACAGAACUGCAAAAUGAUGCUUAUGUGCCUGCUCUCGUCAGUGGUCAUCAACGUGUUGGUGUUCAUGGUGUUCCUGUUCCAGGGAGAGCCUGGAACGUUCCUGAGUUACACAUUCCACGACAUGCUGAACUGCAAGACGACGACGUGGGCACUUUACAUAAACACGUGGGUGUACUCAAUAAUAGCGGGUAAAAAACACAAGGAAAUACAGGGAAACAAACAAGUGUCAGCAAUACUGAGGCCGCAACUACACACAAUCAUGGUCUCAGGAUUCAGCAAGACAGUGACAGACCCAGCAGUAAUGUACAGACACUUCGACAACUACUUCCCAGGACAGGUGAUAUCAGUGCACCUAGUGAAGGACCAAGGGAGAAGACUACUGCUGGAAAAUAAGCUGGAGUGCCUGAAGAAGCAGCUGGCAGGACUGUACGACGCAGUCUCGGCGCCGCUGGGAACGCACUUCGUGCACAAGUCGCCAGAUACGAAGCAGUUUUCAGACGACACGAACGCGCCGAUGACGCAGAGAAUGCCGAGCUUCAGACGCUCGGCGAGUUGUCACGGGCUGAACAUAGGCCCGAAAUCGACAGAAGGCAUUAAUGUCAAGUCAUUUUCAUGCCACAACCUUCUGUGCCCACACGACAAGGAAACCUCAGAAGAAAGAAUACAGAACAUGGAAAGAGACAUAUACGAUCACUACGGAAACGUAAAGAGUAAACUCUUGAGGAGAAUGAUGGCAAUCAAAAGACUCAAGACGGACAUAGAGGAGGUAAACAGGCAGUAG